AUGUUCACGGCAAAGAAUCCCUUCGAGGAUAUCGUCCUCAAAGCAACGUCGGAUGAGCUCACAUCGGAGAACUGGGAGCUCAACCUCGAGGUCUGCGACAAAGUAUCAUCCGGAGGAGAAGCGGCCGCUCGCAACUGCAUCGGAGCCAUUCAGAAGCGUCUCGUGCACCGCAACGCGAAUGUACAGCUCUUCGCCCUCACCCUCGCCGAUGCUGUUGCCAAGAAUUGCGGUCUUUCUGCCCAUCAGGAGAUCGCAAGCAGGUCUUUCACUCAGACGCUCGCUCGAAUCUGCCUCGACCGCAACACGCAUGCAACUGUCAAGAAGCGUUGUUCAGCCCUCGUCAAGGAGUGGGCAGGUGAGUUUGAUGACGAGAGCCUGGGCCUGAUGAAAGAGACGUACGAAUCUCUCAAGUCUCAGGACGCCGUCGUCGACGAGGACGCUGCGCCUAAGCAGCCGCGCGAGCCAACGUCCGAGCAGCUGCGUGCCGAAGACGAGCAGCUCCGCAAGGCUCUCGAAUUAUCCAUCCAGGAUCAGGGAGGUCGCAGCGCCUGGAACGGCUACAGCAACCAGCAGGCAGAGGCGUCCGGCUCCUCCGCUCCAGCCGCUGGAGGCAGCAGCUCCUACGGACAGCAGCCCACGUCAAGCAGCUCAGCGCCCAUCACGCAGCAGCAAGCGACUUACACGAACGGCGUUGGAUCCAGCGCCGGCGCUCAGCCUGCAGCGGCAGCUGCUGUGCCUGCUGUCGCCUCCCGUGUGCGUGCCUUGUACGACUUUGCUCCCACAGAGCCUGGCGAGCUCGCCUUCUCCCGAGGCGAGAUCAUCCGAGUCUUGGACAGCGUCUACGAGCACUGGUGGAGAGGCGAGGUAAGGGGAGAAGCCGGAAUCUUUCCCGUCAACUACGUCGAGGUCUUGCCUGAUCCUACGCCCGCUGAGCUGCAGAGGGAAGCUGAGAUGGAGGCGCACAUCUUCUCGCAGGCCGCCGAUAUCGACAGGCUGCUCAGCAAACUGCGUGGUCUCGACCCUGCCCGCGACAACCUGGCCGAGGACGAAGAGCUGCAAGAGCUGUACCAGCGAUCGCUUGCGAUGCGGCCAAAGAUUGUCAAGCUGAUCGACCGAUACAGCAACAAGAUCACCGAGCUCAAGGCUAUGAACGACAAGUUCGUCCACGCACGCGGAUCAUUUGACGAGAUGAUGGAGCAGAGCCUUUCCCGAUACAACCCGGCGGGUCACUCGAGCCAAGACUACCUCCGUGCGCGUCCUCAGCUGCAACAGCAGGCCUCUGCGUCGUCGGCUGACUACGCGCAGCAGUCUGGAUACCCAGACGCGCACGGCUAUCCGGCGCAGCAGACUCAAGCGGUUUCAAACCCUCACGAUCAGGGGCAGUAUUCGUACAGUCAGCAGCCGCAACAACAUGGCUACCCUCAGCCCUCGGGUUCCGGUCCUGCGGAUCCAAGCUACGCUCCGACGGGCCGAGUCGCUUCUGGCCCUCAGCCACAACAGCAUGCGCCGAUGGGAUACCAGCAACAACAACCUGAGCAAGGGUACAACUCUGCUCCGCACGACGACGAGAAGCGCAGGCUGUUUGAGAGGGCAAGAGCCGAGAGCGAGGCGUUCCAGCAGCAGCACUUCCAGCCUCAGGGCGCAUCGGGCAGCGGUUACAAUGGAAGCUACCCUUCGCAGCCUGACGCCUCGGGUCUGAACCGGCAGAUGGGCAACAUGAACAUUGGCGCAUCCAGCAGCUAUGCUUCUCAUCCUGUCGGUCACUAG